AUGGUAGACAAAGUCGUGGGCAAAGAUGUAGAGCCUGCAGUCGGUAUGAGAGUGGUGAGUUCCGCAAUGGCAAGAGAGUGGGAGCAGAAGCACUUGGAUGUGUCAAGUACCUCGGGAGAUAAGAUCGGAAGCAUCGAAGAAGUUCGUGAGGAUGGCAGAUUGUGCAUGGUGCGAUGGGAUGGUAGCGACUGCGCGGUUCCGUAUGCCACAGGGCUUAUGAAGCGCUUUUUCUUGCUGGCAGCAACAGAUGUGCAGCAUGAUGAAAGGACAGAGGAGAGGGACAUACUGAUCGCAGGAGAUACUGAAAUUGACCUCUAUGCCAAGGAGAUCAUUGUUGAGAUCGAUGGGAAUCAAAAAAGAAUUCGACUGAAAGCGAUGGAUACAGCCGCAUCAGUGCCUGAAAGGCAGUUAAAGAAUUCAGCUAAAAUCAUUCGCCACACGCCCCGAUCAUGUAAACAGAAUGACAACUUGAGGAUGGUUCCUCUUGCAAAUAAUUUCAAUCACCUGCUGCUGGAUGUUUCUUCAAGCACACACAUCCGCGAAAUGUCACAGAUUAUGCGAUCAGGGUGUGUAACGUCAAAGAAUAAGUUCGACGAAAGUUUCUUCUCUCUCCUCACGGACUUGGACUUAUUUGAUCUCAUCUGCACCCUCUCGUCUUGUUUGGAGGCCUCGGUAUCCGAUGCUGACCGGCAACUCGACGAGGAGCUGGUGCUGGCUGCCAAUGCUUCUUCGCUCCUCUUGUGCCUGUGCUGCAACCGGAAGGAGAGCUGUGAAGCAGUGAGAGAGGAAAGUUUGAUGCUGCAAGCCUUGUCCUGCCUUCAUUCCGCUGCUUCUGCUCUUUGCUCCGACCUCUCGCUCGGUGAAGCUUCUCCGAGCGCUAGGAAGCGACGAAAGCUUUCAGUUUCUUGUUCGUCAUCUUCGCUCUUCUCGCGCGAUGUCGAGCAGAACCUGGAGGUGUCAGUGGUGGCAUGCAGUUUUCUUGUCAGGAACUUCAAGUUCUCAGAAGAGAUCUUGAUGGCUAUGCACAAGCUUGCUCUUGCCUGCCUUUCCCCUCUCGUCAAGAGGGAGCUGAAUCACUCCUGUGCCUUGCUGUGUGGAGCCCUCUCCUCGUCUAGCUCACUCCUCUGCAAGUCCCUGCUCGAUGGGAUCUUUGAGAAAAUGAGCUCAAUAGAUGUCGACCCUUACUCUUACCCGCGGAUUUCAAUCACCUCGUGUUCCUCUCACAGAGGGGGGAAUGAAUCAGAGCAAACAGCUGGAAAGUCGACAGGAGCAGGGGGAGCAGGCGGAAGUGUUUCUACUUUAACUCUUUCUCUCCUCAACAUCUGUCAAAACUCAGAGGAUACUGGAAGGCAGACAACAAGGAAGGCAGACAACUCGACCAGGAGCAGGGAAAGAGCUGACCUGGGAGAUAAACGAGGACAAAAAGAAGGAAAUACAGGUCCAUCAGAUGCUGGCGCGGGGAGAAGCGAGGAAGAGCAGCAAGAGGAGACGAGUUGUGCUGCCUGCAAGUACUUCUUUGAUAGAGUUCUUCAGAGGAUGAUAGACAGGAGCAAGCAGCGUGGGCAAGUUAGGGACGCUGAGCUUAAAAGCCUAUUCGAAGUUCUCAUGCAAGAUUUGUUCCUCCUCCUCUUCUAUCCCGAGUGGCCAGCUGCUGAAGCUCUACUCCUUUCCAUGGGGAAAUUGCUCGACUGGCUCGUCGCAGGAGCUCAAGCGACUCGAGUAGCAGGAGGGUACAGAUAUCUCGCUGUCACCAUGCUUGGAAGUUUUAUGGAGAAAAUCGCAAGACAGCGACAAGCCGGACGACUACGAAUCUCUUCGUUCUUCGAGAACAGAUUUGACUUGCAACAAGAGCUUCUUCACGGUGUCUUCCAGCUAAGGCCGGAGAACGGCAACGACUUGCUGGGCCUGCGAGUGAGCAAAAGCUUCGGCGAGCAGGGAACGUUCUCUGGUACAGUCAUCAAGUUUCAGCCUGACGAGGAGGAGGGAAAAGGAUGGUUCAAGGUUCAGUACGAUGAUGGCGACUCGGAAGAUCUGUCAUGGCUGGAGCUUCUCCUCCUCCUCCCGCUACGUGGCCAACAAGCCUCCCUCCUCAACGAUCUUGCUCCAGCUCUCGCUCAGGCUCGCCUCCUCCAGUUCCUGCAGAAGACGGGCUCAUCACACCCCAUGGCCAACUCUGCGCUCGCCUUCUACAAGAGCUGCAUGCUGUGGGAGGAAGGGUUGGUCUCUCCAUGCGAUGAUGCAGAGCAAGAGAAGGAGCAGCAGCAGGCGGAAGAGAAAGAGGAGGAGCGGGAAGAGGAGGAGGAGUAUGCACAGCAGCUCUCCCUUCUUUUGUCUGAGUCUCGAAGGCUCCUGCUCUCUCUCCCCCGAAGGAUGAAUCAUCUUUUACAGCUCCUCCUCCGACAGGACAAGCAGAGCAGCGAAUCGAGGAUGCGGCAAGCGGCACUAAAAGGAGUGCGAGACGUGCUGCUGAUAGAUCCCUUCCUAUUCCGCGAAAACUCCGUCAUGCGCAUCAUACGCAGCAGAUGCUUCAAAGACCCCUCUCCCCUCCUGCGCUCCUCUGCAAUGGACAUUCUUCGCGCUUUCCUCCUGUUUCAGCCACGAGUUCAAGCGGAAGACCUCGUCCUAAUCUUCCAACGUGCUCGUGACGUCUCCUCCCAAGUCAGAUUGCAGGUCCUUCCUGUCCUCACCCAGCUCGUUCGCCUCUCUCGACGCCAACGUCGUCUGCACGAGCAGCAAGGAGGAGGAGGAUCAACACAAGCGACAGAAACAGUGGAGGAAGACGCAGGGAAGGCUAUCGGACAUAUCUGCAUGCUCUGCUGCGAUGAGGAAAAGUCAGUGAGAAGAGCAGCAGUAGCAGAGCUUAUGCAGCUCUGGUUUUCUCUUGCAGGGCACCAGGGUCACGACAGAGGAGGAAGAGGAGGAAGAGGAGGAAGAGGAGGAGGAAAUAUGAUGGACAAUAUAGCCGAAGAGUUCCUGAUGGUUUUGGCAAGCUCGCAAGCUGAAGGAGAGAGGAAGGAGAAGAAUGUGCUGAGGAGCGCGUUGAGAGUCAUCGGACAGGGUCAUCCCAUGCAUUCAGCGGAGGAGGAGGAGGAGGAGGAGGUGAUAGUGGACGAGCAUCCACUUAUAUCCUCCCAAGAGUUUGCAAGCGUGAAGAAAGGAUGUCGAAGAAUUUUCGACGCUCUGGUGCAGGAGGUGACUUUGCAACAGUCUGCCCUGUCGCGCUACAGCUACGGAGAUGUGGAUGAGGAACAAGAGGAGUCGGAGGAGCCAGAAGAGCUGGAAGAGCUUCUGGUGCAGAAGGAGGGGCAGAGCGAGGAGAGAAGGAGGAGGCAAGAGCAGGCGGAUCUCCCUCGGCUCAGCCUCCUACUCCGCGGGCUCACGAACCUGGCCUCCUGCUUCCCCGAGCUCCUCAAACCGCAUGCUGGCUCGCUGCUGUCGUCAAUGUUAAAAGAAGUCGGAGAGGAGGAGGAGAAGUCGAUCUUUGCACUGCAGAAGAAUCUCGCGCUGGUGGCAAACCGCGUGAGGAUUCAAUUCACGCGCGAGUAUUCGAAAGGAAGGAGGAAGGAGCACCUUUCGUAUGUCGGCACGGCGCUGGUGGGGGCAGGAACCCUCUGCAGGCACUUAGGGAGGAGCGACGCCUAUGAGAAUGAGGAGCAGCAGCAGGAGUUUGAGUUGCUCCACACCUCCCUUUUUCAGCUCUGUGCGAAGAAACUUUCCCAAGACCCAGAAGAAGUUGUCAAAAGGGCUGCCCUUCAGUGCAUUGGAGGCAUGCUGCUCACAGUGCUGGAGGCCUUCCGAGUGUACCUGGAGGAUGAGGACAUUGAGUUGAGCAGAGCGAGGCAGAGGAAGGAGACGAAGGAUGAAACGGUGUCGGGAAUCAGCACGUUCAUCGCCAACGAGUAUCUCCCGCUCUUCAUUGCCGCCUCCUUCCCAUCACUGCAGGACGGGACGGCGACGGCAACGCAGGAGGCGGUGAGGAUGGAGGCAGUGAGCUUGCUCGGGGUCAUUCUGAGGAGGGGCCUCACUGCCCCUCACUGCGUCUCCUCCAACCUCAUCGCGCUCUCGGCAUGGGCAGAAGCUCCCUCGCGCGCUGCUUGUCGCAUCCUCAUGGGGCUACACGACAAGGACCGGGGGGUUUGCGGGAUCAAUCAGAUUGCCGAAGGCAUCGCCAUCGCAGUCCGGCACGUGUCCAGCUCCAUCCCCCUCCCCCAGGACAUCGCUAAGCUGCGCCCCCUCCCCCCGGCUGCGUUCGCCACAGCCCUGCUCCUCCUCUCCCGUGACGCCAGACAAGUGCGGAAUUUAAUCGCCGCUCUCCUGCACAGGAUCGAAGUCGCGCUGGGGUCGGGCAAGGAGAAGGACAUGAUUAGUUGCUUCCUCCUCGUUUGCGUGCUGGCCCACCUGAAGCAUCAGAGCAUCGAUGGGCCCCUCUACAGCAUCUUCCUCCUCUCCAAGCGCGUCAUGACCUGGGGAACGACAGCGAUGCAUGCCCUGCAAGCUCUGAGCGAGGAGGAGGAGGAGGAGGAGGAGGAGGAGGAGGAGGAGCGAAGGAACGAAGAGGAGCAAAGGAGAGGGGUUCAGCUGAGCGAGGAACAGGAAGGAGCCUUGAUGCAUGCAUGCGUCUCCUUCUUCUGUCUUCAACUCAUCAAGUACUUGAGAGAUUCUUACGGUAUCUCCGACCAGAAGCUGCGUGCUUUCGACGUCGAGAAGAUUGUUCCUCGUUCAGAAGCCUUCGAGCAUCCUCUCCGAGCCUUCGAGCCCACCUGGCUCCUCAAUCCUUCAUCCCGCCCAACCUCCAGGAAGCAGUUUGCGGAGCUUCAAGAACGCCUUGCUAGUCUCAUGGCCGCUAUGGCGGUGGCCCUGGAGCAGCAGGAAGCGUUGGCCAUGGGAGGGGUCGAGAGGCAGGAAGGGGGAGGGGAGGAGGCAAGAAGGGAGCGGGAGAGGGCGAAGAGGCAGCGCGGCAGCUGGGAGGACCCUGACUUAAAGCGAUACUUUCGGGCCACAAAGAAAAGCAGCGGCCGCAGGAAGACGGCAUGA